CUACCAACACCAUCGACCCGCUCCUCAUCGGUCGAGAUCCAUACAAAAGACCAUACUCAUAAUCAUCUCUGUCGCUUCUCUUGGUCGUCCAAUGGUCGAUUGAGGUCCGCGACUCCACAAAGAGCUAUCAUCACUGGUUAUGGACCCUAGGCAGUCUUUGUCAAGGACAACCUCGUCCGGUAUUGGAACACCGCAGGCCGGAUACAAUCCCAAUAGUAUGGCAUCAGGCUACAUGCCCCAGUACCAGAACAACACCCAUCUGCCGCCGAUCAACUACUCGCAGCUUCCACCUGCAAACCAAAACUAUAUGCCUCAGCAGUAUCGCAACGAUCUGCCGCGGUACACAUCUGCUCCAUCAACUGCGCCGAUUCCAUCACCUGCUCCUGACAAUAGAUACAAUCCCCAAAUGACCCAGCAAGGAUCUAUGGGCGGCUUGCCCCCCACGUCCAUGUUGCCAUCGCCUCACCAGUCGCAACAACAGGCCCCACCACCGCAGCAGCAGCAACAGCAGCCGGCGCAUCAAGGUUAUCAGCAACAGCAGCAACCCGCUCGUCAGAACUAUCCUCAGCCUCUGGCUCCUGCUCCACCUCGGCCGAACCUUGACUCUCUCGCACCUGGCUAUCCUCAACCCGACAACCGUCAGCAGCCAUGGUCCGGUGCUGAGAGCAUGCCGAGUAUGGCGACUGACGUUGGUCGUGACCCCACAAGAACACACGUUGUGGGAUCUCAAGGUCGGAGAGGCAUCUUGCCCAGUGCGCCCGGACGUCCUCCAGUCAUGGCUAAUGGAGUUAAUGGCUCUCCCAAGAGCAACGCGGUGCCUCAAAAGGACGCUGACGGCAAAUUCCCUUGUCCCAAUUGCACAAAGACUUAUCUCCACGCAAAACACUUGAAGCGCCACAUGUUGAGACACACCGGUGACCGACCAUACAUGUGUGUUCUUUGCAAUGAUACGUUCUCUCGGAGCGACAUUCUCAAGCGACACUUCCAAAAGUGCUCGGUCCGUCGCGGCAAUCCCACCGGAGCAAGCCAUCUUUCCAAUCCGGCCGCUCAUCUGAAGAAGUCCCAGCAAGCUGCUGCCAAAGCCGCCGCUGCUGCGAACCAGUCGCCAGCAAGCGCAACCACACCUACCAGUGGUGUCAUGAACAACCCUCCCUACACCACAGCUGCUAUGCCGAGCACCUCCGCACCAACAACCACUGCUCCAGCGCCAGGUAUGUCGUACGGUAUGCAGUCCAACGGCCAGGGUGACAUGCAACGCCAGGGACAGCCCAUGCAAGGCGCCUCUGGACCUGGCGGUAUGGACCCCAACGCCAAUAACUCAUGGUCCAUGCACAACUCUAGAAACAACCAGAUGAUGUAUCACUCGACAUCUACACCCCCAGAUCACUUCGGCAUGCAGCCCGGCGGAGGGGACGACAAGCGCAACGUCAUGCCUGGCACGCACCACAUGGGAGAUGAGUGGAACCACAUGUUUCAACCCGGUGGCAAUGAGGGAUACAUGAACCCCAUGUUUGGAGGUUACGAUCAGUCACAGGGUGACGUGAAAAAGGAGUAUGAAUCUCAUGAAGGUGGAUCGAAUGGUUAUUACAUUCCCUCUACGAGCCUUGGAGCUGACGGUACGCUUGGCCCCCCUCUCUGGAACCUGCAUGCAUCUCAGCAAGAUGUGUUCCAAGCCAAGGUGAACGCCUUAUUAACGUUUGUUUUCCCUGGUGGAAUACAGGAAUCGCUCCAAGAGCAACAAAAUAACCUCGAUGUCCAAUCCUGCCUGACCGUCGAUGCCAUACAACACUUUCUCGAUCUAUUCCCGAAUUUCCUUGGCCAUUUCCCAUGGCUGCAUGUACCGACGUUUGAUUUUGCUACCGCCUACGACGGCCUCGUCCUCGUCAUUAUCUGCAGCGGCGCAGUGUAUUCUGAUCACGUUUCUCAAGAUCAGGUGCGGCUGCUGAUGCAACUUGUAAGAAGUGGCAUCGAACGAACCUCAAAAAUCCUCAAAAACUUGGAGCUAGGGAUCCCACAACCGCACUUUUCACCGUCCAAAAUAGAAUACGAAGAGCUGCUGGCGCUAACAAUACUUCAAACUCUGCUCGUCUGGCAUGGUGGUCCUGAUGAGCGAGCUCUUGCGCGUGCUGAAAGUAAAAGAGUCAUGUACCUGGUCCGACAAUUCGACAUGUUGACUCUGGCUGGUUCAGAAGACCCGGUCGGUUACAGCUAUCUCCACAGCCUUCAACCCGGUGAAGAAGCCGACCCUUCGCGUUGGGACUGGCGGUCGUGGAUAGAACAGGAAAAGCGGUCCAGACUAAUGUUCAUGGUCUUUCUCUGGGACGCCGCCAUGUGUAUCUAUUUCAACGAGUCUCCGCAAUUUUCUUCGGCUGAAAUCAAGUUACCGCUCCCUUGUGACGAUGCUGCCUGGGACGCUCCGGAUGCAGAGUCUUGUGCGCAAGCUUUGGGUCUUCGAGGUCCUGUGGCACAGUCAAGGAUCAAUCUUACUGGAUCACAGCGGCUGAAGCAAUUGGAGACCCAUCAUGCAAUGAGUGCUCUACAUAGCAUGUCGGUGCUCAUGCAGCCAAGGACCACCAACAUCUACUCCAAGUUUAUUCUGAUUCACGCACUUCACGUUGAAAUAUGGCAGAUCCAGCGUCAGCACUCCUUCAACAAUCCAUCAACAAGCCAGACUGCAAGCAUGUACAACUCAAUCAACAUGGCCCUGGACCGUUGGAAACAGUCGUGGGACGCCGAUCUCGCCUUGCAGUACCCGACAGACGAUGGCACUCAACAGACUCCAAAGCGGGUGGGCUUUUGUCGUGAUGGCGUACAUUUCUACUGGCUCGCACGUGCUUUCAUGCAACCUAACCGGCUGCACGAUUGGCAAUUGCCCGCCGACAGCCGACUGCAGCAAACUCUUCAUGGUCUCAAAAAGGCACGAGAAUGGAGUCGAAGUGAUGGUGCUAGAAGAGGCGAAGACCCAGGAAGCGUCGCUGACAUUGAAGACCAACAUGCCACGGCAACCCAAGUGCUGGACAUGAGGAAGCUGUUUCGACCUUUGCACAUGAUUUCCGACGGUUUUGUACCGACUAUUGAACAUUCUCAACCUGCUUAUCAUUGAUACUGGAACUCUGUGGAGCGACGGUCGUUGACCCGAGAUCCAGUGUCACAAUGCGGCAAGAGCUCCCGAAAAACAUUAUAUCUUUGCAUGGAAUGGCGCGUCUUUUUUUGCAUUUUCAUGGUGGGCCCGUACAUUUCACGGACUGGCUUUGCUGAUGAUCGUCGUGGUCACGCAUUACUUGAACAUAGACGGUGGGACUCUACUUAAUUCCUGCAUUGGGGUGGACGACUGAUAUCGUAUUG